UUAUUGUUGUUAUAUUAAAAGUGAUUUUCAAGUUUGUAUAAAUGGUAAAUACCACGCCAUUCUUAACUCUAUUCCAGCCAGGAAACGUGAAGUCACACUUUUUCUCCCUUACUUUGACCCCGGAGAGAUGCUUGUAUCUGAUUGGCUUUCACACAAAAGAGGUCCCAGCUCGCUGGCGACCCGCUUGCAAGCGGCUGUUCACAUGGAUCGAGAGUGAGCUGCAUCGAGAGCCGCUCGACAGCAGCUUGUCGUGGGUCACCCACGACAAAAACCGCUCUUGAGCGGUUGUUCACAUGAAGGCCCGACUCGCGAGCCGAUCGUUCACUCGCGACCUAAGACAUGUGAACGCGAAUAAUUCUUGCAAUAUAAAUGGUCAUUGUUAUGCAGCGUUUGAUGUAAAUAUGAAUGAUUGCUGUCAACAAUGUUUGCCAGAAAUCUCAAUCGACAGUUGGUCAGUGCGUCAAGAGGAUAUGGCUCCAACAGUUCUCACAUCUAACCCAUAUCCAGCGAUUCAUCAGGAACAACUAAACUUUACGUUUGACAUUAAAGAUCAUGAACAAUGUAGCAUCACAUUUAGCAUGAUAUCAGCAUUCGAAAAUGCAACCAUUUCUCAAGACGGGAAGUUUAAUUGGUUACCUAGUGUAUCAUCCGCAAAUCAAGAAUCAAUGUUUAACAUCACAAUGCAUGACAAAUGUGGAUUUUCAGCAAUUGUUCUCUUUGCUGUCAACAUUUGUAAAUGUGAAAACAGCGAGGUGUGUGCAUUUGUCAAUGGAUCAAGUCUCUAUGAUUGUGUUUGUCCCGAGCAAUUGGACGAUGUGUCUUGUGGGAAAGAAAUUUCAACAAACUAUACUCAAGGAACAGAUUCAACUGUUAACCCCACUACUGUUAUACAAAUAUCGUCUUUUUCGCAAGAUCAAGAUGAUUCUACAACUGAUAUAUUUGAUGUUUCUGAUACAUCUUCAUCUGGAUCAACCACGACAAACUCUGGAAAUUCAAACGUUGGCAACCUAUCUCCAAAGUCAUCAACAUCAAAUAGUGGCACAGAUAAUUUGAAUACUUCGCCUCCUACAGAUAGCUUCACAGUUCUUGAAAGAACCUCAACGGUUACUACAAAUAAAACAUCAACAACCUAUGUUGAAGGAACAGAUUCGACUGUUAACUCCAUUACUGUUCCACAAAUAUCGUCUUUUCCGGAAAAUCAAGAUGAUUCUACAACUGAUAUAUUUGAUUUUGCUGAUAGAUCUCCAUCGGUAUCCACAUCAGCAAACUAUGGAAACUCAGACAUAGCCGACCCAUCUCCGAAGCCAUCAACAUCAAAUAGUGGCACAGAUAAUUUGAAAACAUCGCCUCUUACAAAUACUGUCACUAUUCAUGAAAGAACCUCAAUGGUUAAUACAAACAAAACAUCAACAACGUAUACUCAAGGAACAAAUGCAACUGUUAACCCCAUUACUGUUCCACGAAUAUCAUCUUUUUCGCAAGAUCAAGAUGAUUCUAAAACUGGUUUUGAUUUUACUGAUGCAACUCCAUCUGUAUCCACAUCGGCAAACUAUCAAAACUCAAACGUAGGAAACUCAUCCCCAAAGCCAUCAACUUUGAAUAGUGGAACAGAUAAUUUUAAAACAUCGCCUCUUGCAUAUACCUUUACAGUUCAUGAAAGAACCUCAACAGUUAAUACAAACAUGACUCCAUUGAAAACGACGAUACCUGAUAAUUACGGAACUACAGCUAUCAGAAAUCAUGAAACUAUUGGCAUAUCUUCGGCACAGGUCAAUCCUAGUCCUACACAUUAUAUAAAAGGUACCAGUAGAAGUCAGGGAAAUACGAUGCAUACGGCACCGCAAACAAACAGCGAUUUAGAAGAUCUAAAUAAUACGACUGAGCCAGUUAGUGUGAAGAAGACAGAGGUUGGUUCCACAAUUUUAAAUACGACUCCAAUGAAAACAACGAUACCUGAUGGCCACGGGAGUACAGCUACCAGACAUGAAGGUACUAGUGAGAGGGCUUCAGCACAGGUCAGCUCUACGUCAAAUAGUCCUACAGCACCGCAAGCAAGUACCGGUUUAAUUGAUCUAAAUAAUACGACCAAGACAGCUACUGUGACGAAGAAAGAGGUCGAUUCCACGAUCUUAAAUGAACAAACCAUGAAUUACCAAGAGGCUAUAAAAUUGACACUACAAGGUCGAGAAGAACAGUGGAUUAGUGCAAAACAAGCAUUCCGUGCAAGUGUUUCAAAGGCAGUAAACUCAUUUUGUUACUCUAAUGCUCGAAAGUGUUGUUCUGUGACAGAUUUCAACGAACAGGAUACUUUAGAUGGAGAUGUUACAACUAGUGAAAACGUCAAUCUGAAUGAGAGAAUAUCUGAGAGUCAGAUUGUUAUAGUACUUUCAAUUAAACACAACAAUUAUAUUGAGACAUGCUUCCAGAAUAAUGAUGACGACAGGGCCAGGAGAGAUGUAAUUAACCACCAAUAUAACAAUGUAUUUAGACAAAGAAGAAAUACAAAUGAGUAUAUUUCUGCUGAUGUUGUGAAGUCUUCGAUUGAACAAGGAAAGACAAAUAUUGAAACUGAAAUCCUGAUGGACAUCGUGGACGUCUCUCUUUACAACACAGAAGAAAGUGAGGAAGGUGGCAAAUAUCCAAAGUCAUACACCAUGUUCAUUGUGGUUGGAGCGUGUUGUUUUGCAGUAAUUGGGUUAUUAGUAUUUGGAGUCUGCUUUUACAAAAUGUACGUAUAA